AUGCCGUCGAUUUGGCGACCGAACGUGAGAGUGUCCCUCGACGAGAACGGUGAAGUUGAGGACGCGGAAAAGGGGGGAGAGGAGUUGGCGAAGAAGGGGACGAAGCGGAAGGGAGCCCCUUACACGAAGGGGCCGUGCGAGCACGGGGUGAAGCCUCGGUCGCGGUGCAAGGUGUGCGGCGCUUGUCCCCACGGGAAGCAGCGCUCUCGAUGCAAGGAGUGCGGUGGGUCUGGAAUCUGCGAGCACGGUCGUGUGCGCUCUCUGUGCAAGGAGUGCGGUGGGUCUAGAAUCUGCGAGCACGGUCGUCGGCGCUAUGAGUGCAAGGCGUGCGGCGGGUCUCAAAUCUGCGAGCACGGUCGUGAGCGCUGUAGGUGCAAGGAGUGCGGUGGGGGCUCAAUUUGCGAGCACGGUCGUCAGCGCUAUCGGUGCAAGGAGUGCGGUGGGUCAUCAAUCUGCGAGCACGGUCGUCAGCGCUAUCGGUGCAAGGAGUGCGGUGGGUCUCAAAUCUGCAAGCACGGUCGUGAGCGCUCUAAGUGCAAGGAGUGUGGUGGCUCUCAAAUCUGCGAGCACGGUCGUGAGCGCUGUAGGUGCAAGGAGUGCGGUGGGGGCUCAAUUUGCGAGCACGGUCGUCAGCGCUCUCAGUGCAAGGAGUGCGGCGGGUCUGCAAUCUGCGAGCACGGUCGUCAUCGCUCUUACUGCAAGGAGUGCGGUGGGUCUGCUUUCUGCGAGCACGGUCGUCAGCGCUCUCAGUGCAAGGAGUGCGGUGGGUCUCAAAUCUGCGAGCACGGUCGUAUACGCUCUAAGUGCAAGGAGUGCGGUGGUGGCUCAAUCUGCGAGCAUGGUCGUAUGCGCUCUCAGUGCAGGGAGUGUGGUGGGGGUUCAAUCUGCGAGCACGGUCGUCGGCGCUCUCGGUGCAAGGAGUGCGGUGGGCCUAGAAUCUCCACUCCGCCGUGA